CCGAGGAUAGCUUGAGCGCGGCGGCGGCGUUGUUCAGUCAGAGCGAGAACAUUCCAGAGGUCGCCAGCUCCGGCGCUGACGGGUGUGGACCCCGGACGUCGCUGGGACUCCUCCCGCGCUUCGGCGGCGGCACCGGCCCGCCCGCUCCUCGCCCGCCCGCCUCCGCCUCCGCCUCGGACCCCGGUGACCACGCGCCGCACUUCAUCCCAGUCCCGGGCGAGCAGCGUUGGGUUUAUGUCUUUAUUUGACGAAAACGAGCUGUUGCGCAGCCAUUGGUACCUGUAUUGGGGAAACAUAGCCUACAAGCAAGGAGCUUACAGCCUCAGUGGCGAAAAUUUUUUCAUGUCAGAGACCGAGAACUCUUGCAGUCGUUUAUGUCAUCCCUUCUUCUCCAGACAGAAGAUACCAAAAAUUUGCAAUCAAAGAUCUCUUCAUCUUAUUGAUAAAGCCACUAAUAAGCCAAAAUGUCUGUCAACGUCAACCGCAGUGUGUCAGACCAGUUCUAUCGCUACAAGAUGCCCCGUCUGAUUGCCAAGGUUGAGGGCAAAGGAAAUGGAAUCAAGACAGUUAUAGUCAACAUGGUUGACGUUGCAAAGGCGCUUAAUCGGCCUCCAACGUAUCCCACCAAAUAUUUUGGUUGUGAGCUGGGAGCACAGACCCAGUUUGAUGUUAAGAAUGACCGUUACAUUGUCAAUGGAUCUCAUGAGGCGAAUAAGCUGCAAGACAUGUUGGAUGGAUUCAUUAAAAAAUUUGUUCUCUGUCCUGAAUGUGAGAAUCCUGAAACAGACCUGCAUGUCAAUCCAAAGAAGCAAACAAUAGGUAAUUCUUGUAAAGCCUGUGGCUAUCGAGGCAUGCUUGACACACAUCAUAAACUCUGCACAUUCAUUCUCAAAAACCCACCUGAGAAUAGUGACAGUGGUACAGGAAAGAAAGAAAAAGAAAAGAAAAACCGAAAGGGGAAGGAUAAGGAAAAUGGCUCCGUGUCCAGUAGUGAGACACCACCACCUCCACCUCCAAAUGAAAUCAGUCCUCCUCCCCAUGCUGUGGAAGAAGAGGAAGAUGAUGACUGGGGGGAGGAUACAACUGAGGAAGCUCAGAGGCGCAGAAUGGAUGAAAUCAGUGACCAUGCAAAAGUUCUGACCCUCAGUGACGAUCUGGAGAGGACCAUUGAAGAACGAGUCAACAUACUGUUUGAUUUUGUUAAGAAAAAGAAAGAAGAGGGUAUUAUUGAUUCAUCUGACAAAGAAAUUGUUGCUGAAGCAGAAAGGCUGGAUGUAAAAGCCAUGGGCCCCCUGGUUUUGACUGAAGUUCUUUUUAAUGAGAAGAUUAGGGAACAAAUCAAGAAAUACAGGCGCCAUUUCUUACGAUUUUGUCAUAACAACAAAAAAGCUCAGCGGUACCUCCUCCAUGGUUUGGAGUGUGUGGUGGCAAUGCAUCAGGCUCAGCUUAUCUCUAAGAUCCCACACAUCUUGAAGGAGAUGUAUGAUGCAGACCUUUUGGAAGAAGAGGUCAUCAUCAGCUGGUCAGAAAAGGCAUCUAAGAAAUACGUCUCAAAGGAACUUGCCAAAGAGAUUCGUGUCAAAGCAGAGCCAUUCAUAAAAUGGCUGAAGGAGGCAGAGGAGGAAUCUUCUGGUGGGGAAGAGGAAGAUGAAGAUGAGAAUAUUGAGGUGGUGUAUUCGAAGACUGCCAGUGUACCUAAAGUUGAAACUGUGAAGUCUGACAACAAGGAUGAUGACAUUGAUAUUGAUGCCAUUUAAAGUGGUGGAUGCAACCUAGCUUAACAGUGUCAUGCUGCACAAUUUCCUGCUUUUAUCAGCCAGAAGUGCAACAUGUAUGUGCAAAAGCUAAAUGGCUUAACAUCAUGCUACACUUUAUACUAACAAUGUUCUACUGUGAGUGGUAUGUAAUAGCCCAGUGAGACAUCUAAGGAGCCCAUACACAUCCCUGAGCAGAUGUAGUUUGCUUAUUUAUAGCAUGUUUGUUUCUGAAAACCUAGUGGUGGACACAUUUGGAUCACAUUUAUAGUUAGAAAAAUAAAGAUUUGUUUUUGGUCAUUCUUCA